GUAACGCUGGCCAGUUUUUUGAGCAAUUAUGACAAGUAUUGUUCCUGAAUCAGUCGACAGUACGUUGACAAAAAUUGAAACUCCAGACGAAAAGGAAGAAAUUAAUUCAUCUGGUGAGGGCGAUAUUGAAUCCCAUAUUAACUGUGACGUGAACGAAGAGGAAAACGACCAAAUUAAUCAAGUUGAAAGGAAUAACAUUAUUAAUGAGCGUGAAAGCAAUAAGAUGACCUCACCAAGAAUAUUUGACGUGUUAAAGAUAACACCAGACAAGGGUUCAACAAAUGGUUUAAUCAAUGGAACAGCCAAUGAUACCGCUGAUCAUCAUUACGCACCACAAAAUCAUUCAGGAACCAUUGAAGUUUCGAUGGAAGAAUCGAAAAGCUUUACAAUUUCUUGGAACCAAUUGACUUAUCGUGUGAAAAUGUCCACUUUUGAAAAGGUAAUCAACAAAAUACGUGGGAUUAAGUAUACUACAGAUUCACGGACCAUCUUACGAUCAGUUCAGGGAUCAUUUUCUGGUGGCAUGUUGACUGCCCUUAUGGGUCCAAGUGGUGCUGGUAAAUCUACUUUACUUGAGUGUAUCGCUGGAAUGAGGAUAAAGGGUUUAGAGGGUAAAAUAAGGUGUGUUGGUCGUGACAAAAUAUCCAUUGCGUUCAUUCCGCAACAUGACCAUCUGUAUGGGUUGUUAACUGUCCGGGAAGCUUUGAUGUAUGCUUCAGAGCUUCAACAUUCACGUAAAAUAAACGGUGUUAAAACAAAUCUGAACAAAACUGAUCACAUGAAUAUUGUUGAAUCGAUACUUCGCCAGCUUAACCUAGAUACUUGUGCAGACACGAAAAUUGAGCGAAUCAGUGGAGGCCAAUUGAAACGAGUGUCCAUUGCUCAGGAACUGGUUUCUCGUCCGGACAUAUUGAUCAUGGAUGAGCCAACAUCUGGCUUGGAUUCAUCAACGUGUUAUCAAUUAAUGGAAAUGUUGUCUGAUUUAACCUCAUCAUCACCCAUUGCUAUUGUUAUGACCAUUCAUCAGCCCUCGGCAAAGGUGUUCAACAUGUUUCACAAGGUUUACAUGUUAUCCCGGAUUGGUAAAUUUAUUUACGAGGGUUCACCUGAUGGUGUUGUUGCAGCACUGGGUCUGGUUAACAUUAACUGUUCACAAUUUUAUAAUCCAGCUGAUUUGCUUGUUGAAGUAGCGUCAGGUGAUUAUGGAACUGAGGUUAUACACUCAAUGGCAGCCAAUGUGGACAACAGUCAAAACAAUUCAAAUUCCGGGCCAACUUGGUUAGCUCGUUCACUACCAUUAAUCAAUUCACAUGGUGGAGAAGUGACCAAAUUAUCACCAAUUGAAGAAUCAGAAGAUUUAUCAUCACUAAAUGCAUGUCGUGUUCGUCCAGUUGCUCCAUUUACUCAACACUUUUUAAUCCUUUUAUCAAGACAAUUCUUGGUAAUGGUUCGUGAUCCCUUAUUAGGUGUAUUACGUUUCGUGUUUGCUUUUAACAUAGCAUUAACCCUUGGAACACUUUAUAGAGGUAUCGGCGUUUACGAUGGCUGUACACCAGAUAUAAGUGGUAAAGCUGACUUGGAUCACAUAGAUGAAGUUAAAGACGCCAUAGAGGAGCAAGUAAGAUCAACUCAAGAUAACAUUGGAUCAUUGUAUUUCUUAUUACUCUACUCUUGUCUUGCUAAUCUAAUGCCAAUGGCUGUUGCUAUUCCAAUGGAGAUUAAAAUAUUUGCUAAAGAAAGGUACAACGGCUGGUACAAGACAAGCUCAUAUUACAUGGCUAAAGGAAUAGCCGAGGUACCAUUCAUCAUGGGAACCAACUUGGUUGUUGUAACGCUACAAUUCCUUCUCACUAGUCAACCCUGGUCCAGAUAUUUUGAUACACUUCUAGUCUAUUUCCUUGUCUCUAUAGUCGCACAAACUCAUGGGAUUAUGUGUGGUGCUUUUCUCAUGAAUAAUAUUGUCGCCUCGGUGUUUACAGCUCCAAAUACAACAGUCCCACUCAUUCUUUUCUCUGGUUUCUUUAUUCGUCAAAAGGCUAUGCCAAUUAUUUUCCGUUAUGCUUCUUAUUGUUCAUAUUUACGGUUUGGUUUUGAAGGAUUCAUGACUGCGAUGUUUGGUUUUAACAGAUGUGACCCUAAGCUAACUCGAGCAAUGGUCAAUGCUCGUAAUCAGUUGGGAUUUUUCUUGAAUACAAUGUUCAGGAUGGCUCGAUUUGCACUUGCUGAAAGUAAUGAUGAACCAGAAGACUUAAGAUUGAAAAACCAAACAAAUGACUUGACUCGUAAUAUCUUACAUGGUAUUGGUGGACGUUGGUUCAAUGAUGAGAACCAAUCUGGAGCAAUGGCCUAUUAUGAUUUAGAUGAUUCCCAUUUUUCUAGAUCCAUUUAUGCACUCAUAAUAACUCUUGUUAUUGGACGUGUUCUUACUUACUACAUUCUCAAGUGGAGAGGCAAUUUGCAAAAAUAAUGACC